CUUGAUUAUGACGAGAAUACAAUUGAAUGGAAUGAAUUAGUAACUAAGUAAUCCAUACAAAAUACUCCUAUCCAUCUCAUCUUUUAUCAACCAAUUCCAGUGAAAAAAUCCCGUCUUUUUUUGACAUGUUAAUGCUUUUAUCAGAGUCAAAAAAAAAUCAUUACAGAUAAUUAGGGUAAGCUCAUCUCCAAAUUAUAUAUAGACCCACGAGUAUCUCCUAAAAGUUUUAUCAACCCAUACUCAAUCACACUAUCAAUUAAACAACAAUGUCCAAUGAUAAAUAUGCCACACCAUUAUCUUCACGUUAUGCCAGUGAAGAAAUGUCCAAAAUCUUUUCAUUAAGAAACAGAUUCUCAACAUGGAGGAAACUAUGGUAUAAUUUAGCAAUUGCAGAACGUGAAUUAGGUCUUGAAGUUAUUACACCUGAAGCCCUAGAAGAAAUGUCAUCAAAUUUGGAAAUCACAGAUGAAGAAAUCGUUGCAGCUUCUAAAGAAGAAGCUAUUGUUCGUCAUGAUGUUAUGGCUCAUGUUCAUAUCUUUGGAGAAACUUGUCCAAAAGCUGCAGGUAUUAUUCAUUUAGGUGCAACUUCAUGUUUUGUUACUGAUAAUGCUGAUUUGAUCUUUUUGAGAGAUGCUUAUGAUGUUUUAAUUCCAAAAUUAAUUAAUGUUAUUGAUCGUUUAAGUAAAUUUGCAGAAGAAUAUAAAGAUUUACCAGUUUUAGGUUGGACCCAUUUCCAACCUGCUCAAUUAACCACUGUGGGUAAAAGAGCAACUUUAUGGAUUCAAGAAUUAUUAUGGGAUUUAAGAAAUUUCGUUAGAGCAAGAAAUGAUAUUGGUCUUAGAGGUGUUAAGGGUACAACAGGUACUCAAGCUUCAUUCUUGGCUUUAUUCCAUGGUGAUCAUGAUAAAGUUGAAGAUUUAGAUAAAAGAGUUACAGAAUUAUUAGGAUUUGAAAUCAAUUAUCCAGUCACUGGACAAACUUAUUCAAGAAAGAUUGAUAUUGAUGUUGUUUCACCAUUAUCAAGUUUUGCAGCAACUGCACAUAAAUUUGGUACAGAUGUUAGAUUAUUGGCAAAUUUAAAAGAAAUUGAAGAACCUUUUGAAAAAUCACAAAUUGGUUCAAGUGCCAUGGCUUACAAGAGAAAUCCAAUGAGAUGUGAACGUGUGUGUUCAUUAGCUAGACAUCUUGGUUCUUUAUAUAAUGAUGUUGUUCAAACUGCAAGUGUUCAAUGGUUUGAAAGAACUUUGGAUGAUUCAGCAAUCAGAAGAAUCUCAUUACCUUCAGCAUUUUUAACCACUGAUAUCUUGUUGACCACAUUGUUAAACAUCACUUCAGGAUUAGUUGUUUAUCCAAAAGUUAUUGAAAGAAGAAUCAUGGGAGAAUUACCAUUUAUGGCUACAGAGAAUAUUAUCAUGGCCAUGGUGGAAAAAGGUGCCAGUAGACAAGAAGUUCAUGAAGAGAUCAGAGUGUUGAGUCAUCAAGCAGCAGCAGUUGUUAAACAAGAAGGUGGUGAUAAUGAUUUGAUUGAACGUAUUAAAAACACUGAAUUUUUCCAACCAAUCCAUAAAGAAUUGGAUAGUUUAUUGAAUCCAAAGACAUUUGUUGGUAGAGCACCAGAACAAGUUGUUAAAUUUUUAGGAAAUGAUGUUAAAAAGGCUUUGGAACCAUAUAAGGAAUUUAUUAGUGAUGAGAGUGUUAAAUUGAGUGUUUAGGAUUGAAUGUAUUUGGAUUAAUUGAGUAAUUAAUUGAGUAGCUAAGUAAUGAACUAAUAAACCAAUCCAAUAACUAACUAAUUAACUAAUGAACCAAUAAAGUAACCAACUAACAACUAAAUAACUAACUAACUAACUAAUUAAUAACUAAUUGAAAACUAACUAACAACUAACAACUAACAACUAAUAACUAAUAACCUAUUAAUUAUCAACUAAUUC